CCAUGUUAUUAUUUAAUUUUUAGGCAUCGGAAUACAUGGAUUUAAGCAUGUAACAGUCAUCAAUACAUAUGGUCAAAGAGUCACAUAUGGUCAAAGAGUCACGUGACUGAAGUUCAAGUCGCUGUCAAGUUUGCAGGGGAUGGCUUGCACAAAGAAUUACAGAUUUCUUUUAGGCAAAUAUUUUGUACGCCCUUACAGUGCAAAAGAUUCCACGAGGACAUCGGCAUGCAUUUACUGGAUGCAGCAACGACAGCUGACAACGAAAUUCCCCGAGUUUCAGAAUGACCAAAACCUGCAAGGCCAUGACCAAAUUUAUAAAUUCAGCUUGGAGAAUCCCGAUAGGUUUUGGAGCACACUAGCAAAAUCUCGGUUACAGUGGGCUAAGGAUUUUGAUACUGUUAAGGAUUGUGAUAUUAGAAAGGGGCAUAUACGAUGGUUUUUAGGAGGCCAGCUGAAUGCAUCAGUGAAUUGUGUUGAUCGACAUCUUGACAGUCUUGGAGAUUCCACUGCUUUGAUUUGGGAGAAAGACGAACCAGGCACUGAGGAGCAUGUCACAUACAAGCAUCUAUCACAAAUGGUGAACAGAAUUGCCAAUAUGCUGAAGAACCAUGGUGUGAAGAAAGGAGACAGAGUUGCCAUCUAUCUGCCAACCUCACCUGUUGCCAUUGCCGCUAUGUUGGCGUGUGCCAGGAUAGGGGCAGUCCACAGUGUAGUGUUUGCUGGAUUCAGUGCAGAGGCUUUGGCAGGCAGAAUCCAGGAUGCCGAUGCUGAGACAGUGAUCACUGCUGAUGAGGGUGUGCGUGGGGGUAGAUCAAUUCCACUGAAGAAAACAGUGGAUGAGGCAGUAUCUCAGUGUCCCUGUGUCAAACGAGUAUUUGUGUAUCAACGAACAGGAAAUGGAUCCAUGGGAAAGAAUGACUUCUCGUUGGAUGACGAAAUGGCUAAGGAGUCAGAUAUUUGUGAGCCAGAGCGAAUGGAGAGUGAAGAUUACUUGUUUAUGUUGUACACCUCAGGGUCUACAGGAAAACCCAAAGGCAUUGCCCACUCCACUGCUGGGUAUCUGUUGUAUGCUCUGAUGACUCAGAAGCAUGUAUUUGACUACAAAGUUGGAGAGAGGUUUGGAUGUGUGGCAGACAUUGGCUGGAUCACCGGACACAGUUAUGUUGUGUAUGGACCACUCCUUAAUGGAGCCACCACAGUACUCUUUGAAAGUACUCCUAUUUAUCCAGAUGCAGGCAGAUACUGGGAGAUGACAGAGAGGCUGAGGUUAAACCACAUGUACUUAGCCCCCACAGCUCUCCGAAUGAUACUGAAGGAAGGGGACAAAUUUGUCACUAAGUAUAACAGGUCAUCGUUAAGAAAGCUAGGAUGUGUUGGGGAGCCACUGAACCAUGAAGCAUUUGAAUGGUACCGAGAUGUAGUGGGGGCAGGGAAAUGUGACGUGGUGGACACCUGGUGGCAGACAGAGACGGGGGGAAUCUGCAUCACACCCCGUCCCUCAGAGGAGGGAGCGCCAAUUUUUCCAGCCAUGCCCAUGAGGCCUUUCUACGGAAUUGCUCCUGCACUAGUGGACCAGAAUGGAAAAGAGGUCACUGGAAAUGAUGCUAAAGGUGCCCUGUGUAUCAAGUCUGUGUGGCCAGGAAUGGCCCGUACAAUUUAUGGUGACCACAACCGAUUUCUUGACACCUAUUAUAAUCCAUUCCCAGGAUAUUACUUCAGUGGGGAUGGAGCGAGGAGGACAGCUGAUGGUUACUAUCAGAUAACAGGACGAAUGGAUGAUGUUUUAAAUAUUAGUGGGCACAGACUGGGCACAGCUGAAAUUGAGGAUGUACUGGAUGACCAGGAAGAAAUAGCAGAAUCAGCUGUGGUAGGAUAUCCUCAUGAUGUCAAGGGAGAAGGUAUUUAUGCAUUUGUGGUUCUGAAGGGUGAAUCUCACAAGGCUUCUGACAAGUUAGCGGAGGAGAUGAGGGUCAUGGUGAAGACAAGGAUAUCGUCAUUCGCACAGCCUGAUAAAAUUCUAUUCACUCCUGGGCUUCCUAAGACAAGAUCUGGCAAAAUCAUGAGAAGAAUAUUGAGGAAGAUUGCAGCAGAUAAACCUGACGAGCUCGGAGACACGUCCACAUUGUUUGAUCCGUCUGUAGUGGAUGCCAUAGUGAACAAGCAUCAGGCUGUGUACGGAGAGAAGAAGGAAUGAAAGGCAGUCAAUAGUGGAUUUAAUCCGGACUACCUCUCAUUUGAAUUAUCCAGAGGCCUUAAUUAUUUUUUGGAUGAUUUUGAACAGUUAUUGAUAGUCAUUGUAAAUGAUAGUCAUUGUAAAUAUACGUUUUAGAAUAAUCAGUAUUAAAACUUCAUGUAUCAGUGUUUGAAAUAACUGUGUGCCCGACCACCCGAGAUGAACAAAUUUUGCUGCGGACGAACAGAUUUGCACGUAUUAACGCCUGACUGGACGUGUUAAAAUUUGCCAUAAAUUAAAAUUCAUCUAUUUGACAAAUAUCUCUCAAUCAACUAAUAGUAUCGGUAGCUAAGUAGCAAAGGUGUAGAAUUCGACAGGCUAUAGAUUCGGGAUGGAAGUUAUGGUGAUCGCGCUAAAAACAAAUUUAUGAAAGACUUUUAUUUUCUUGGGCUAGUAGGGUUUUGGCAGGGCUGACAACUUUCACUCGCAGUCAGUCCUGCAUGUCUAGCUAAUUCUACCGUGAGUUUCAAACACUGCAUGUAUUACGGGAUCUGUUGAUUUAUGUGUUCUUUAGGCUGUGCUUUGAACUUUCUUUAAUUAAAAUUUAUUUAAAUGUACACGACUAAUAUAUCACUAUCUUUUUUUAUAUUAUAUAUAUCAUUUAAUUCAGCACAAUUUUUGAUAAAAUUUUUUAAUCAAUCUAUAAGGUUGAAUAUGUGUUUGUUUGAUUGAAACUUGGUUUUAGAUGAGACUGCAGAGGCAAGAUAUUUUACAUUUUGAUUGUUUUUAAAUAAUUUAAAUGAUAGGUUUUGAGCAUUUAAAAUGCUUUGCACAGUAUAUAUCCCAGAUACAUGUAUGUAGCCUUUAUCAAUACUUUCACAAUGGAAAAUUUUGUAUUAUGCAUAAAAGAAAAAUGUUAAUUAGAAGGUUGUUAAUGCUACCAGUAAAAUAAAAUUUGUUAAAGCACAAUACUGUUAAACAUGAUUAUAUUUGCAAAUUCAUGCUUACAACGAAGUUAUAUGUAAUCAUCCAGUGCUUGAAAAAAUGAAUAAUUAACUGGACAUAACCAGUUAUGUAUGUAACCAAGCAUAUUCUGCUUGACAAUCUCAAUAACUGUGUUUAACCAUACAUUUUGUGGGGGGUUUUUUUGUUUUUGUUUUUUGUAUACAAUUUAGAUUUACUAAAGACUAUGAGUGCUGUUCCUGUGUUAUUGGAUGAUCUAUUUCUUGAAAACAGCUUUGUUUUAAAUUUGAACAUAUUAAUUAUUUUGACCAUUUUAUUAUUUCUUUUUUAGUAAUAUUUUGAUAGAUGUACUUGAAAAUGUGUAGAUUUUUUUUUUUUAAUUCAUGCUUACAACGAAGUUAUAUUUAAUCAUCCAGAGCUAGAAAAAAAUGAAUAAUGAAUUGGAUAUAAAUAAAUACGUAUGUAACCAAACAAAUUCUGCUGUCAUUGACAAUGUCAAUACUGGUAAUUGUGUUUAACCAUACAUUUUUGUUUGUUUGUUUUUUUUCCCCUUUUUUUGUAUACAAUGUAGGUUUAAAACUAUGCAUACUGUUCCUGUGUCAUUGUAUGCUUAAUUUCUUGAAAGCUUUAAUUUUUUUUGAAUUUGAAAGUAUCAAUUAUAGAUGUAUUGGAAAACGUGUACCUUUUUUUUUUUUAAAUGAAAGGAAACGUUGACGUUUUUUAAAAUAUUUUUGUAAAGUUUUCUUUAUUAGACAAAGCUGCACAUGUAAUAUUAAGUGAUCUGGAUGUAGUAAUUAUGAAUUUCCUAAUUUUUGAACUUUUCUACCACC